GGGGCCUGCUGCGCCUGCGCAUCCUGGACAGCAUCAUAACUCAGCCCCCUUCAGCACCUAGCUUCCCCAGGUCCGACUCGCCCACAGCCGGCAGAGAGCACAUCCGUACCCAAGUGAGAUAGCUGCGAGCGACAUAUCUCCUCCUGUCUUCCUCACCUCAAGGCUGCUCACUCUUCACCGCACUCACACGGUCGCCACGGCAGCUCACUGCACAUCCGAAGCCAUUGGAGUUACUAGGAGAAGCUUAUACGAAUCGCCGACAAGAUGGCGUUCCUGAUUUUGGUCAUUGGUGACCUGCACAUACCCGACCGUGCCCUCGACAUCCCCGCAAAGUUCAAGAAGCUCCUGACGCCCGGCAAGAUCGGCCAGACGCUGUGCCUGGGCAACCUGACCGACAAGCACACAUACGAGUACCUGCGGUCGAUUUCGCCAGACCUCAAGAUCGUAAAGGGCCGCUUCGACGUCGAGGCCUCGUCGCUGCCCAUCUCGCAGGUCGUGACUCACGGGUCCCUUCGCAUCGGCUUCAUCGAGGGCUUCACGCUGGUCUCCAACGAGCCCGACCUCCUCCUCGCCGAGGCGCACAAGCUCGACGUCGACGUCCUCUGCGUCGGCGGUACCCACCGCUUCGACGCGUUCGAGUACAUGGACAAGUUCUUCGUCAACCCAGGCUCCGCGACAGGGGCGUACACGACCGGCUGGACGCAGGAAGGGGAGGAGAUGGUGCCGAGCUUCUGCUUGAUGGACGUUCAAGGCAUAUCACUCACGCUUUACGUCUAUCAGCUGCGGAAAGACGCAAGCGGUGUUGAGAAUGUGGCGGUGGAGAAAGUGACAUAUACGAAACCAGUCGAGCCGACGGGGGGCUCAUCAUAAUUGCUUGGGUGGUAGCCCGGGAAGGGCCAGGUGCAGCUUGCCAACGUGUUCAGCACGUUAGUGGGUGUGCACAGACAUAGCGAAUUGAGCCGUCUUUUUAUGCAGACAGUCAGAAGUCGACAUGCCACUACAUGACGCUUCCCUCCAAGCUAGCACGAUCAGGUGCUGCGUCACAUACUGUCGAGUGAUUGUGAAAAACCAUAAAGAUUCUGCUUCAGGUAUUCCUGGUUGCAAGUCAGACAUCGACAGAGCUGGCAUGCUUCGUGUUACUUUGGCGAUAUCUACGCAGCAGCUUCACGAGGGGAUAGAGAUGAAAAUA